GCUCCAACGCUCCUCUCCUGCUUCGCUCGCCUCCCCUCAUAUACGGAGAGGUACUCCAACUCCAUCAACCGCCGCCCUCCUCUCCAGAUCUCCCCAUUCACACACAGUCUCGCGCGCGCACAGAUACCUCCAAGGCCAAGCGCAAGCAAAGCAAAGCACCCACCCCAACCCAUGGCGCCUCUCCUCCUCCUUUUCCUCCUCGGCAGCAUCUGCGCCCUCUUCUCCCUCACCACCUCCUCGCGCGCCAGCGGUAAGAAGAGCGACGGCAAGGAGCCCAGAUGCAGGGACGGCUGCGUGCCGGAGGAGACGACGCAGCAGCAGCAGGAGGAGGAGGAAGGGAAGAAGAAGCAGGCGCGGGCCGACCCGGAGAAGGACCUGGGCAUCGUCUUCUCCACGUUCGACCACGACGGCGACGGCUUCAUCACGGCGGUCGAGCUGGAGGAGUCGCUGCGCCGCCUCGGCAUCGCCGUGUCCGCCGACGAGGCCGCGGCCAUGGUCGCGCGCGUCGACGCCAACAGCGACGGGCUCAUCGACAUCCACGAGUUCCGCGAGCUCUACGACUCCAUACCCAAGAAGAGGAAGCACCAGCACCCUGCCGCCGAUUUCAGUGGGGCGGCAAGGGAGGUGCCGGUUGAGGGCGACGACGAAGAGGCCGAGGGGGAGGAGGAGGAUGAGGAGAGGGACCUGCGGGAGGCGUUCGACGUGUUCGACGGCAACAAAGACGGGCUCAUCUCCGCCGAGGAGCUCGGCACCGUGCUGGGCUCGCUCGGCCUGCGCCGCCAGGGCAACGGCCGGACCGCCGUCGCCGACUGCCGCGACAUGAUACGCCUCGUCGACAGCGACGGCGACGGCAUGGUGUCCUUUGAGGAGUUCAAGCGCAUGAUGACCGUCGUCAACGUCAAGGCCUAGGCUCCUCGAUCUUCUUCCUCCUCGCAGAUCAAAUCGAAUACGAAACUUGGAGCGGCGGAUUUGCAAAGGCAAGUAACGUUAUUUUGUUCUUGGAUCGGAUCGGAAGAGACGCAACGGGGAUUGGUUAUCGAUUAACACGCCAAGUAGCUUCUUGCUCUGUGUUUCUCCCCUGUUCCUCAAUCUUGAUAACUUCCUCUCUUUUUUUCACUCUGAUUCUCUCAUAUUUGUUUCUAGUCCUUGUUUCUGUUUUUACUGACAGGUAUUGAUCAGACAUGUAUGUAAAUACUAGUUAUUGCUCGCUGUCAGAUUAAUCUGUGGAAAAAUGAACAACUAGAUGAAUCAACGAGGAUGACCUGUUCAUUCGGUGUUUGUGUUUGGGACCCUUACCAGUUCAAACAAUUGUGUUUAAGAAUUGUCGAUGAUGUGUAAUUGUACAAGUCUGCGUGUCAUGCUUUCUACGACCAAACUUUGACAGUUGAAAUCUGCUCUUGGCACAAGGUUGCCAGUUGCCUGUUCAUGAAGUAGUAAACCCAAAGAAAAGUUCUUGUCUU